AUGAAAACCCCGCAAUCUGCGCGGCCACCCAGUCGAAUUCCCCCACCCACCGCGCGGGCGCCCGAUUUCGCGGAGGUGCGCGUCUCGCGGAUACCGCGACGAGACAGCGACAAGUCCAUCAUCAUUGAAAGAAAACUUCCCCGAGUGCCCUCCACAUCACUGAAUCGAAGCAAUACGAUGGAUAAAGACUCGACGAUUUGGAGCCGUUUGUAUCAAGAGAAACGAGGGCAGCUGAAAAAAACGCGAGAUAUUCGAGCGAAAUCCGAGGAUGCUAUCUACGGAACGCUCCGGGGCGAGCACCGACGGCGGUUGACGCAAAACGAGGAGCAGCUCGAGAAGCAAAUCCAAGAGCUCCGACAGCUCGGCGUUUUG